ACCGGCAUCAUGGGCAACGUUCUGUGCGAUGGCGCGCCGCAUGAGGAUGAUCCUCGUAUCCACCUCCAGGCACGGCAAUGGGAGACCAGCAUGAUGCAUUCGUGCUGCGACAACCCCGGUGGCUGCCUGCUCUCCAUGUUCUGCGCACCUUGCAUGUCCUUCCACCUGCGUCGCCGGGCCCUCAACUACGACAUGACCCGCUACAAGUGCUGCCAGGGCUACAUCUGUCCCAGCAUCACGAGCACUUGCUGCCCGGGCCAAGAGGAUUGCCCCAACUUGUGCCUGUUUCUGGAGGUCGUGUGCUGCGAGAAUUGCGCCAUCUCGGCAACGCGCAUCUACGUCCAGGAUGAGCGUCAGAUUGUCACCGAUCCCUGCGAUAAUCGCCUCAUCCGCUUCAACAACUGCAUGCAGCUGCUCUCUUGCCUGUGCCACAUUGCGGCCAUUUUCCAUCGUGACUUGAUCCACUUGGCCAAGCUCAUUGACUUUAUCGCCGAUGUCGUCUACUGCCUCACUCAGGCCUGCAUGCAGGCUCAGGUCGACCACGAGCUCAACCUGCACGCCACCGCCGCUGACUACGGUGCUCCCAUGGCCCGUGGCCCUUCGGCCCUGGGUGCUGCCGCCCCUGGUCCUUACGGUGCUCAGCCCGUCGCAACGGCGCCCCCCGCUUACAGCGCCUCGGAUCGCCAGCCGCUCCUCAAGUAA